CUGGCUUGUCCUCCGAUUUGAUAGUCUCUUGAAGCUCUCCGGGUUAACUGUUCCUCGUGGUGAGGAGAGGGAAGCCAGGCGAUCGUCAACAACGAAGGAGGAUUCGUGAAGAAAGUAAUCGUCGCUGUUGUUGCUGAUCGUGACGAUGCCAUACUAAAUUGGUGAACCAGUUGACCAAUUGAGUUCGGGACCAGUGCUCCACCAGCGGUUCUUCCAUGUGAAUGCUGCGGUGACAUGGCUGCCGCCCUUUUGGGCAAGUGCAUCGGUUUAUCAGCGCUCGUCCUUCUAUUCUACACUUGCUGUUAUGGCUUCAAAAUACGCGAGCACGGGCCGCAGACGAUCUUUACAUCCGGGGAACAAUUACAUCGAGCUAUCUGCGCAUCUUCCAUCUUUGGCAGAUGCCAGGAGAAGACUCCGACUCCAUCCACCAGUCGAAAGUGGCACGAGACGCCGCCACCGCCACAGCUCGCGACCCGCCGAAAAUCACCUGUCGAGAUGACGUCGGACGACGAUGAUGACAGGGAAGGGGCACGUGCGAAGCCCGAAAGAAUUGGACACUCGACGAACCGACAUGUUGAUGACAAGAGUCAAGAAAGGAGUAUUGAGUUGGAGGAUGACGACGACGGAGAUGUGAUGGUGGAAGUGGAGGAGGAUAGUAAGGAAAAUAACGAGAGUGGUGAAGAUGUAGUGGACGAUUCUAGUGAGGAUGGUGAUGAAAAAGAGGAGAAAAGUGAAGAAGCCGAAGAAGAAGAAAAGGAGUAUUACAAGGUUAAGAGGAAAUCUGUUGAAGAUGAAAAACAGGAAGUUAAGGUGGAUAGGAGGAAGGGGGAAAUGAAAUUAACUGUGAAGAAAAGUAAAGAGGACGAAAGCUUGAAGAAGAAUGAAGCUACAUUGUUCAAAGGAUUAAAGAAGGUCAAGUAUAUGGAAGGCAGUGACGGUGAUGAUAUAGAAGACAUAAGAAAGAAAAAGUUGGAGAAAUGUUCGAAAGAAAUUAAAUCACGUAAGAGACUGGUAAAGGAUGAAGUACAUGAGGAUGAAAAUGUUGUGGGAGAUGAAGAUGAAGUUGAAAAUGAAGAUGGAGAUGAGGAUGAAAAUGAAGAUGAAGGUGAGGAUCGAGGCGGAAGUGGAGGUGGAGGUGAAGAUGAAGACGAAAAUGACGAUGAGGAUGAGGAUAAUGACGAGGAUGAAGAUGAGGAUGAAGAUGGGAGUGACGAAGAAUCAGAAGAGGUUGUCACUCCUCCUCCCAAGAAGCUGGAAAAAGUCAGAUAUGCCGAUAAGGAUAAAGUAAAAUCUACAGAGUUACCAACACCGGUAAUAGAGAAACUGAAGGUUGAAACAAAGAAACCAGCGGAGCCUGUCAAGAAGCAAGAGGAGAAAAGUGUAGAAACGGCGAAGAAACCGACGGAGAUCCAAUGGAAGUCGCCUGUAGUCUCGAAAAAUGUUGAAACAGCUAAAACAACGAAAUCUGACCCUGAAUCGUCUAAACCCAUAAUUACAUCGAAAUCAGAGACGAAGAUGGUUGCAGUGAAACCAAAGGAAAAGGAAAUGAUUUCGGUCACAACAGAAGCGUCAAAGGCGAAGUCGAAGGAACCAGCGAAGCAGCCCGAAAAGAAGAAAGUGGAAACAGUGAGUGUGAGAGCUACUCCGGCUAAAACCGCUGAAGUUAAACGACUCGAUAAAGUUUCGAAAGAAAGAACGAAAGUACACGCGAAAGUCCCUUCCACUUUGGGUCAAUUGAACGAUGCGUUACUAAGCGUGCCGACCUUCGUGCCAAACUUUACGGCCAUAGAGGAUCUCGAGUGUCAGCAGCACGGGAUGAUCUUUCUGCGACAGCUCAGGGGACAUAAGUUGUGGGCCCUGCAAAUGUUAGAUGCAAGUGCAAAGGUACCGUCUGGCCUGUUACGAGGAAACGUGAACCAGCUCGGAGACUUCGACGAGUGUCUGGGAGUGAUGGCGCACGUGAAAUUGAAUAACGUCACGAUAAAGGUGCAGGGAAAGUAUUGUUUGGCAUAUAUCGAUUUAUACGCCUCUCAUCCGGACAUGAGGCUUCCAAUUAACAUGAUGCAGGCUCGUUCUUUCAUACGAGGGAACAUGCACGAUCCUGGUCAUUUUGUUCCAAAAUUUACGACGGUGAAUUGGGCUCUGUGUCUUCCAGCCGUGUGUUCAGCUGAGGAUGCUGAAAAUAUAUUGGAACAGGCAUUGAGUCACUACAAUUCCACCACAGGAAUAAAAUUCACUGUGGACGUUGAACCCCACAUGUGCUACGUCAAAGAGAAGUCGGAUAGCUAUUCGAAAGAGACGAUUGGCGUUUUGUAUUUCUACGCGACGAUCGUCUGUCUCGUCCUCAUAGCGACAGUGAGAGACUAUAUAGUAGUAUCAGAGAGAAAAGGUAACUAUUCUGAAAGAAUAAUAAUGUCUUUUUCCUUGAGGAGAACCGUCAGAUCUUUAUUAAAAGUACAUUCAAGUGAAGUCGAUAUUACGUGCAUUCACGGAAUAAGGACACUCGUCACGAUUACCCUUUAUCUUGCUCAUCAGCUUAUAGCCAUAUCGAGAUUACCGUUUUCUAAUCGAAUCGAUCUUACCGAGGUUGCAAACAAUCCGAUCAGUUCCGUUUUACGAGUAUCGAUGGUAUAUACGGAUGCGUUCUUGCUAUUGAGUGGCGUGUUAACUGCUUAUAACAUGGCGCACGAAUUGAAGACACGGGGAGAGAUUCGUUGGUUUUGUCGUCUUAUCGCCAGAUAUAUUAGACUCACGCCAGCUUUACUUGCGGUAGUGUUCUGGUACGCAUUCGUAAUGGAGCACAUGGGAUUGGGGCCUCAGUGGAACAGCGUUGUAAUACCUAAUGCUGAGCUCUGUAGAAGCAACGCGUGGACGAAUUUGCUGUACAUACAGAAUUUCUUUCCUUUCGAAGAAAUGUGCGCGACUCACAGCCAUCAACUUGCACUCGACAUGCAGCUGUCUCUUUUGGCUCCGAUGUUGGUAUUCUUCUUGGAAUGUAAGCCGAUUAUCGGGAUUCUAUUAAUUUUCUUCUUCAUCUUACUGUCAGCCACUCUUCGGUACAUAGCGACGAUGAGCAAUUACCUUUCUCUCGUUAUUUUUCACGGAAUGUCAUUAAAGCACCUUUACAAGACUGCCAAUUUAACGUAUAUGCUACCAUUGCAUAGAGCCACGCCGUAUGUAUUCGGCGUGGGACUCGGUGUGUUACUGCAUUAUACUGGAAAGAACGUCAGAAUCCACAAGGUGUUAGUGAUCUUGGGUUGGUUGAUCGCAAUGGCUUUAGGAUCAUGGUCGUUAUUUUCACCUUGGCAUCUAGCCAGAAGAGAUUACGUAUACGAUGUUGAAGAAGCGACGAAUUACGCUGUGAUCUGUCCAGUCGUGUGGGCCUUGGCCAUAUGCUGGUUCAUAUUUGCGUGCCAUACGAAUCAUGGAGGAAUAAUCAAUAGGUUCAUGUCGAAUCAUUGGUUAGUAAUCUUUAGCAGAAUAUCGUAUGCAGUAUACUUGACGCAAUUUGCAGUAUUCUUCUUCAACGUAGGGACCACAAGAUACUCAACCGAGUUUCAGCUACUUAGAGCUAUUGAUCCUCUGGAAGCAGCUGUAGUGUUAGCCGUAUCCAUCAUCAUAACUCUCUUCUUUGACCUGCCCAUGCAAGAGAUCAAGAACGUUAUAAUGGAAAGCACGGACAUACAAACCGUAGAAGUUUCCUCUACGGAGAAACCUGCAUCAGAAGUCAUCGAAGAAACACAGAAACCAAUCCGACCGGAUCAGCAACCGAGGAAAGUAUACGAGGAGGAUGAGGUGGCCUCAACCGGUUGGGAUUGGCAGAAGGAUAUAAUCCAGGGUGCCGCGAAGUCGAACAACGAAGUUGUCGAAGAUGAGGAACAAGUCGACAUGCCAAUUUUAAAGAAAUCAGGUCGAAGAAAAUCGUUCAUCUCCCAUGAUUCCUCGGAAGGCGAGUUUGUACCAGCUUGGGAUUCGGUGAAAGAGUUGGACAGAAGGUACCUCACAAAUGAUGACGUAUACAGAGAAAUAGGAAGACGAGGAACAAGUGUUGACAGAGGCUAUCGAGGUUCUGAGCACGAUGAAGAGUUUUUCAGAUCACAACAGGAGCGUGAUGAGACUGUUAAGCGAACUAGACGUUCGCUGUCUAGGAGUCGUGACAACAGGAGGUUGACAGCACAUGAUAGCGAUGAAGAGGAUGAGUAUCCACGAAGGCGGGAAGACUUAGAUGAAUCUAGAAAUUACAGAAAAUCCGAGUCCAGAGGGAGAUCUGUGGCUAGGGAAUCUGACGAUUAUCGUUCUUGGGAGUUGGUUGGUAAAGAACGUACACCCUCUCGAAGUUCAGAUUCUAAACGGCCAUUUGGUAAAUCAGAGGAGUACGAGUCAGUGCAAAGACAAACAAGACCUCAUUUGCUGUCGAGUGCCCCCGACGCGAGGAAAAUAUACUCCUCAGAAAGCGAAGAAGAGAUUUCGCAACGGAGAAAACUUGAAAAAAGACACCCUUCGGUAGAACCGAGGAUCAGCGACGAGGAGGAUUGGGAGAGCGAAUUGAGGAUACGAAGGAAACAAUUUAUGGAGAAGCUUGCAACGCAAGACCGAGAGUCCCUGCUCGAAGAAGAGGAUUUAGCCUCUUUGAAGAGGAGGUCUUCGGCCGAGGGGAAGCUAGCCUUGUUGAAGGAUCCUUCGGCGGACGACAACAUGGAUUCCUGGACGGUUAGCGUUGGCUCACGAGUCGCCCAGCUGGGAUCGUCUCAGGAACGCAGCGAGCCCGAAGAGGAUAACGCCUACAUACGACGAAGGGAGUACCGUGAACAAGCACCACCUCCUAGAGAAGACACCCAGAGCGAGGAAGAGGUUAUCUGGGACGCUUCUAGGAGAAGAUCGUAUACCAGCAGUAGUCAGAUAACCUCUGUCGAAGAGGACGAAGAUGCUUCAAGUUUUAAUUUCGUCUUGACGAAAGACAGCAAGAGGACAUCCUUACAGGACUUAUCGAAGCUGUCACAGGAAGACAGUGAACUGUCUGACUCCGGAUGGAACGUAAUGAAGAAAGAGAAUACCGACACUUUACCUAGAUCCACAUCUCUAGGUUUGUUCAAACGGGAGUCAAUUGUAAAGAGUCAAGCCAGCGAGGAAGAUCCGGAUCAGCAGGAACGAGAACACCCUUUCAAGAAGGCGUGGCAGAUGCAGAAGUCCAGGUCCGAGGAAGAUGGAAAGUAUGCCAUCAAGGAUGCCAGAGAUCAAGCGAAGACGGAACUGAAACCAAAAACCGAUGACGUUCCGACUGUGGAAAGAGAACCUAGCGGGGAACAGAGUUCAGAGUGCGAAGAUGUUGCAUCAUUUGCUGAUGACGAGUCUGAAUCUAUCUCGUUCUCACGGAGCAGAAGCACCGACACGGAGGAUAACAGGACUUAUUCGAGGUCCGAGGAGACUGCGUCGACAGAGGGCGGAAGCGCGAAUACCAGCUUCGAGGACAACAAAGCCAAUUCGAAAUCGGACAUUGAGGAGGACUCUUCGAAAUUUAAUUGGCCGGACGAGGAGGAACAGUUUGAAAUUUAUAAAGCAAGCCUGAAGAGCAAAUCGGAGGAGACGGAUUGGACCUGGGAACACGAGGAAACUUGAAUGGACAAACGGGGAGAUAUAAAAAAAA